CUGCACCGCGCCAUGCAGAGAUCACAGUCCGCCCUCUCCCAAAGACUAAUGGUCCUUUCAGCAACACUUCUGUGCCUCAUAUUCACAAGUGUCUGUGGUUUCCAACACUUCCAGCGUUCUGGCAACCACGAGGUCAAUCUUUUCAAAAGCCUUUACUUCGUCGUGGUCACCUUCUCAACAGUGGGCUACGGUGAUUACCGACCGGACGUCUGGCCUUCCCAACUUUUCAUGGUUGUUAUGAUCUGCGUCGCACUGAUAGUCCUCCCCACGCAGUUCGAACAACUAGCUUAUACAUGGAUGGAGCGUCAAAAACUUGGAGGGACGUACAGCAUGCACAGAGCUCAGAGUGAAAAGCAUGUAGUAGUGUGUAACACGACACUUCGUGCUGACACUAUUAUGGACUUCCUCAAUGAGUUCUACGCACAUCCAUUGUUGCAAGACUUCUACGUCGUGCUCUUAUCUCCUUGCGAGCUCGAUGCAACUAUGAAGAUGAUUCUACAAGUACCCAUGUGGGCACAGAGAGUAAUUUACAUUCAAGGUUCUGCUUUGAAAGAUACAGAUCUCACCAGAGCAAGAAUGAACGCCGCAGAAGCCUGCUUCAUACUAGCAGCAAGAAACUACGUGGAUCGAAGCGCCGCCGAUGAGCACACUAUCCUCAGAUCGUGGGCAGUUCGAGAUUUCGCGCCCAACGUUCCUCAGUACGUGCAGAUCUUCCGUCCUGAAAAUAAAGUGCACGUUGCAUUUGCUGAGCACGUUGUAUGUGAAGAUGAAUUCAAAUAUGCCCUUCUUGCCAAUAAUUGCUUAUGUCCAGGAACAUCAACCUUGGUCACACUUCUGCUGCACACAUCUAGAGGACAAGAAGGUCAAGCAUCUCAGGAGCAAUGGCACAAGGAUUACGGCAAAUGUUCCGGAAAUGAAAUCUAUCAUAUCAGGCUUGGAGACAGCAGGUUUUUUGGAGAAUACGCAGGAAAAAGCUUCACUUAUGCGUCAUUCCAUUCGCACAGAAAGUAUGGUGUAGCUUUGGUUGGAGUGCAAACAGAUGUACCGGGUACUUGGCCUAUCAUGUUAAAUCCUGGUCCCUCAUAUCUCAUGCAGUCAUCGGACAUCUGCUUCUACAUGAACAUCACCAAAGAAGAAAACAGUGCAUUUUUACCAGCCCCUGGCAAUGAGGAUAAUUCAAAAUCGAAGAGCCCAAAUGUAUCAAAUUUGCACCUUAAUUUGGGAGAAUCAGAUUAUAAAUCACUUGAAAUGACCCCAAUUCGUUCCAAGUUCAAAAUAGGACUAAUGAAAAAGUUCGGAAAACACCUUGAUCUUCCAAAGAUGGACGGAGCUCCGGGUUCGGAAAACUUCAGCGCCGCGUUGGCGAGAGGAAGAAGGCCCAGUAUUGCUCCAGUGCCGGCCAUGUUCGGUCAAGGUUCGGAUUCUGAAUCUGAAGAAGAGGAGGAGGAAGAUAAUAACAAAGAUCAAACGAAGGAGGAAGAAGAUCAAUAUUUAGAUAACCCGUGGGUCACUCCUGCAGAAAACUGCGAAAUUGUGAAAGGUUUUCCACCUGUCUCGCCCUAUGUUGGGGUUAGUCCAACUCUCUGCUAUUUGUUAAAAGAAAAGAAAUCGUUAUGUUGCUUACAACUAGCUCAAGUUUGCAUUCACUGCUCCUUCCGAAAUGCCAAAGAAUACAACUGGCCGAGCCGGUGUAUUAUCCUGGCUGCCGAUUUUGCUUCCAAUGGAAUAUACAACUUCAUUGUUCCGUUACGAGCACACUUCCAUUUGCCACAAACGCUCCGACCCAUUAUUCUUCUGCUAGAAAGAAAACCACACGAAGCCUUUCUAGACGCAAUAUCUUGGUUUCCUUUAGUCUACUGGAUGCAAGGAUCCAUUGACAACCUGGACGAUCUCCUCCGAUCAGGCAUUAACUUGGCUGACAGCGUGGUGGUCGUCAACAAGGAAUCUACAAACUCGGCCGAAGAAGAUUUCUUAGCGGAUUGCAAUACCAUCGUUGCCGUUCAAACUAUGUUUAAGAUGUUUCCAAGUGUCAGAAUAAUUACAGAACUCAGCCAGUCCAGUAAUAUGAGAUUCAUGCAGUUUAGAGCAAAUGACACGUAUGCCUUACAUCUCUCAAAAAUGGAGAAGAGUGAACGUGAAAGAGGCUCUCACAUUUCAUACAUGUUUCGGCUGCCCUUCGCAGCGGGAAGUGUUUUCAGUGCCAGCAUGUUGGACACACUAUUAUAUCAAGCUUUCGUGAAGGAUUACAUGAUAACGUUCGUCAGGUUGUUGCUGGGAAUUGAUCAAGCUCCAGGCUCCGGUUUCCUGUCUUCGAUGAGAAUAACGAAGGAAGACGAAUGGAUCCGGACCUAUGGACGACUAUACCAGAAACUAUGCUCAUCAUCUUGUGAAAUACCAAUAGGCAUAUACAGAACUCAGAUAUCUGGUCCCUGCGAAGCAUCAACGGUGUCCUUAGUUCUAGCCGAUAGCGAAAGAAACCGAAUUACUUCCGAUAUCGAAAGACAAGAAAUUAGUAACUUGGUUAAAAACCGAAUGAUGGAUUUGAGGUUACCGACAGAAGAUUACGAUGACGUGUCAGAAAAGAGAAACGGACUUUCCUAUGUGAUGAUAAACCCUAGCUGUGACAUGAAACUAGAGGUCGGAGAUGUGAUAUUUCUUAUUCGGCCAAGUCCGAUAUCCAGCGUCAAAAUCUUCAUGAAACGUGGAUCCGUCAGGUGUAAGUCAGCAUCAAAGCCAAAGAAAGAGAAAAAGAAAGCAACCACAUCUUCCGAAGAGUCUUUACCCGCAGAAUCUUUGGUAGUUGAACAACCACAGCAUGAGAAUGGAACAAUUCUUAUACCUAACAAAGGCUCUAUAGACGUUGAGAUCACACCGGCGAAUGAAAAUGUUAGAGGUACGAUAGUGUGACCUGGUAGUCCUGUAGAAUAUUCUACGCCUAUUUUUCAAGAAAGAGAGUUAUAUCAUUUCUCUCUUUUCUUUUCUAAUGUGAGAACAGAACUUUUCAGAAUAAUGUAUUUUGCAAAAUCGAACACAAAAAAAUGGUCUCAGGUGGGGAAAACUUUUCACCACCUGAGACAGGAGGAGAAAAAUUUUCACCACCUGAGAUCAUGGAACCAAAUAAUAUCAAAGUUCUUGAUUCAUUUUCAUUUGUAUGUAUAAAUGUCAGGGGAUAUAGUACUGAUAAAAGUCAUUAACUGAUUCAGAAAUUAGGUUACGCUUUGAAUAUGUAAUUAAAAGCUUAAUUUUUUACGUUAAGCCAGUUUUCAUAGUAGAAGCCUUUAAUGUGAUCACAUUUGCCCAAGGCUAUUUUGAUGUCAUUAAACGAUGAGAAAAAAUAUCCUUCAAAAUAGCGAUGGAAUUUAACUAAUUUAAUACAAAAAUUUCAAGAACCAUACAAAUAGAUAUUUUUGCAGCAUUUUGGUUAAGAUAGUGCAAAAGUUUAUGAACUAUUCACAAUGUCUUUAAUGCAAAAGUCCAUUUAUGAACAUUUCAUAACAUUUCCGGAAAUUUUUGAUCGAUGACCCCUAACAUAAAUACUCGGAAAGCAUCCCUCAUUGCCCGCAGAUAACAGAACUUGCCAAUGUAAAAUUUUAAAUUAAUCAAAAAAAUAACCUUAGUUUGGAAUAAGUGUUUUUAGAGAAUGUCCCCCCCACACACACACAGGAGAAAAAAUUCUGCAGAAACUGUUUUGCUUCAAAAUCGAUUGAUCCGAUCUGCUGAUUGCCCUCAAAAUCGAUAGAGUUAUUGAAAAUCUACGUCAAAGCUAUAACCCCCCCUCCUUUUAAUUUCCUUAAUUUUAAAUGAUUGGCUAAAACUGAAUUCAAGCUAUUUGGCGACUAAACACUUUACAUGGCAACAAUUUUCUGUCAAGUAACAAUUUUUAUAAUCUAAUAUAUUUUGAGCUCAUUUGGUGAGUUUACUUCAGGUUAAAAAAUCUAUUCUGUAAUAUUCUGAUCAUAUUAACCAAAUUAUUAAUCACAAUAAAUGAUGCAUUUUCCACAUUUUAGUAUACAAAUUUUAGUUAAAUUUUAGUUUUUCCGUAUUUUAGUUACUACUGUUCUACAGAUAUUUAGUUAUAUAAAAGUACGGUUUCUUUUUUAAAACAAAUGUGAUGAAACCACUAGCAAAAAAAGCAGUCUUUACUAAAACUCAUUAAUAUCAUCGCCAUUAGUGCUUAACUUCGGACUACUAGAUAUCCCUGGAUUAGCCCGGACAAUCCUGGAUUCUUAAUUAUGUUUAGGACCAGGUUGUAGACAGAAUAAAGUCCCUGAUUUCUAAAUGACUGUCAUUAAAUAUAAAUAAAAAGAAAUUAUUUAUAGAAGAAUGGAGAGAACAGAACAUAAUUUCAGUUGGUAUGGUUUGGUUUGUUAAUUAUAGCAAAGCAUUCGAGGGCUAUCUGCCUAAAGGGAGGGACGCAUUCGUGGAUGUCUUUAUCAGAAAGAGUGGCUCAUAUACACGGAAAACCACGAAAAUGCCCAUGCAGCCAGCCCGUUCGUUGGGAUUCGAACCCCGCAACAAACUGUCAGUGUUGAGCGACGUUACCGCUCGGCUGCUGAUGGGCCCGUAAUUUUAGAAGGGUUUUUACUUCGAUGCAGGUAUUUUAAAUUUUUUAGAUUUUAGCAAGUAGUUUCAUCAACUACAUCUUUAUGAAAUCUACUGAAAAAUACAGUUUAAUUUUCAAUAUUCUGAGUUUUCACUAAUCUAGUUUUUUCUUUUAUUUCUUUAUAACAACAUUGCUUGUUUCAUUAAUUUAAAAAUUUUCAGAUUUUAAAAUUUUCAUAAAGUGUAGCGAAUAAUUUUUCUGAAAACAUGAGAAUCCUUUCUUACCUCUGCUAAGGACUAACGGCUGAAUGAUUAAUAAGUUUUUUGUUAACAGAUCGACAAGACUUUACUCUAAUAAACAUCUUAUCCAUCUCUUUUCAUUGUGUGAUACAUUAAGACCAAUUAUGGUGAGAGCUACAUGUGAUUUGCAGUUCCAAAACUUUUAUUAAUUUUAUUCUGCGUGUUUUUACUGUCAGCAUUUACACUACUGAUAGAAAUUAUUAUCUUAAUUUCAGAAAUAUGACUUUGUCUUCAAGUUUGCAUUUCAUAAACCAAAUGUCCAAUAAACAAAACCUUUUAAGAUAUAAAGACAUACCCAACUAGUUUGUUUCAAUCGUCUUCUUAGAACUGCGAUUUUAGCACUUAAAGAAUUUGAUUUUCAGUCUCAACUAAAUAUAAAAUAGAGAUUUAACUCUAUCUGAUAAACACAAUAAGAUAAACCGCAAUUUUUCUUUUCAGUCGGAAAUGUUUAGUGUAAAUUAAACAUGAGUAUUUUUUGUCCACAGAAGUAUUUUUUCUAAAAUUAUCUUACAAACUAUUAUAAUAAUAUCUGACCCACGAGUUAAACUCGAACUUUUUAAAUGGUCCUUCAGAUGAGAAGGCUGGGCAACUGUAUUAGAAUUUAAAUUCUCCUCAUAAAGUAUGCAAAAUAAAUUCAAGCGCAUUUCUGACAACCACAACAUGGGCACACUUUCAUUUUAAAAAAAGUACACAGACGAUAUGUAACAGCACCUUCCAAGAUACUUUUGUAACUUUCCAUGCAUGUGGGAAAAAGAGAAAAUUUUUUAUCAUAACUUUAGGCCUUUAAACCAUCUCCACCAUCAGAUCAUUAACCCCCCCCCCAAUUUAAUAUGACAGAUUUUCAACUUUUUUUAUUAUCAAUUUUUAAAUAUUAUAUAGUAUAAUACAUUAAAAUUUGAUACAUGUAUAAUUUAUAUGAAUAUUUUAGUGUGUACGAAAAAUGUGUGCUCAUUCUUCAUCCAAAAUAUUUUGAAUGAAAAAUGUUUACAAAUUAAUGUGCUGUUCAUGCAAAAUAUUUUAUAUAAGAAAACUCCUGUAAGAAUCUUCUGCAGAUAACAAAAGUUAAUUCUUUGCCAGAUAGAUGAUAAAUUACAUAAAUACUGAAUAAGUAUACUUAUAUUUAAUAGUUUUAAAAGUAUUUGAUUCUUUUUCUUGGGGGGGAGGGGUAUUCAAGCAGUUUCACUCUCAAAUAAAAACAAAUAUUAUUUAUUUUUCAAACUUUAAACAAUUUGAAAGAAAGCUUUUUUUGUGUAACUUUCUCAACACAACCUCAGUUUUACAACCCUUUGUUCAACAAUCAAAUUUAAUGUCCUAAAACUCAAGGGGGACGAAUUGCAGCCAGCAUUUUGUAAGGUGAGAAAUUAGACCUUUUACUGACAUAUUACUUGUCAUAUACUUUUUUCUCCAAAAUUCCUAACAAAGAGAAAAUCAUCAAAUACACAUCACAUGUGUAACUUUAACUCAAAUUCUAACUUUUAAAUUUAGAUUUAAAAAAAAAAUGUGAUUAAGAAAAAUGUCUGUUAAGCAUUUGUGUAGAGAUAUAUAAAACUAAAAAAUAUACCAAACACAUAAUUUAAUACAAAUAUUUUUGCAGACUAUUAUUCCUUUUAUCAGUACUAUGUUUCUCUUUAUAUUAUAAAGAAUUGGAAUACUGGUAACUGGUAUGGCAUUAACUAUUAAAAUUUUAAAGAAUAAAUUUCAUAUUAGUAAUGUAUAUAUGCACCAAAUAUUACAUUUUAUAAAUAGAUAUCAAGUGAUUGGUUUCACUAAUACACAUAAAAGUAAGUCACAUUUUGACGCAUUUAAAAUGUAAAUAUUAUUUAAAGAUCAGUUGCUAUAUUCUUUAACUUCUUAUGCUAAAUUGAAAUACAUUUCACAAACACAUUCUAAUAUUAAACUUUUUUUAUUCAUAAAUUGUUGCUAAAAUUUACUGUAGGUUAAAUAUAAACAGCACAGAAAAUAAACAAGUUCAGACUCUUUUAUAAUAUCAUAAGAAUUAAUCACAGUACUUAAAACUGUUUUUCACUCUCAUAAAGGCACACUUUGUUUAGGUACAUAUUCAAUAAUGUAAAACACAUAAAAAAUAAACAUAUGUUGUUCAGAUUUUUACAAAAACUGCAUUAUUAGAAUCCAGUGUACAAAGCUAUCCAGGUGCAGAUUAUGCAGUUUGCAAGUUAUCUGCAUGUGGCAGUGUUCACUCACGCACACUCAAUGCUAUGCACAAGAGUGUAUAAAAAUUAGAGAUUCAUACAUAAUAUACAAUUAUAUACAGAAUAUAUUUAUAUAGAAGUAUAGAAACUAGAGAUUUAUUUAAUUGUGAUGAGGUCAAGUUUGAAAAUGUCAAACAGAAAACAUCAAGAAAUUUGACUCAAGGUUCAAUGGCAAUUUGACUCAGCCAGGCUUUCAAUGCCUGAAAGAUGUAGAUAUCGUGGAUAUCAUUUAAAAUAUCACUCGAAGAGAAAAGAUAAAGAGUGAUACUAAAACUGCAAGUGAAGAAGAUCUGACAACUGCAUUAAUCCCAAGGCAACAAUAACUUCUGAAACUCUGUUGGCCUUCUUUGACCAGAGGGGAUUUGAAUAUAGUGAUAAAAUAGCACGUCAAAAAAUAUUCAGUGAAAGUCCACAAAUAUUUAAAUGUUCUUAAAAACAAAAUUAAAUUAAUGCUUUUUUGAAGAAAUAAACACAUACUAUAUGCAUGAAAAGUGAUAAUUUGGAUUAUCUGUGUUUUUUAAUUAUGCAUGACCUACUUUCCUGGCAUUAGCCCAGAUAAUCCAAAGUACACUGUAUUAGAAAAACAUUUUUAAAACCUUUUAUUUUUUUAAACUACUUUUAUUUUUUCAGGAAUAAAAUAUAAAAUAGUCAUUGAAUUCUCUAAAUUAUACAAAUAGAAAGAAAUUUCAAAAAUUUAUGAAUGUCUAAUUUAAAUAAAUUUUCAAUUGAAAAUUAGGCAAAAACGACAUUUGCCUAAUUAAAAUUAGGCGACAUUUGUUUCACUAAAAACUAUCGAUUUUGAAAGAGAUAAAACGCAUGUCACUUUUCAUUUAGAAAGAGAAAGAAAAAAUCUUUGAUCCUCUCCCCUCCUUCUGAAGAAAAAGGACCUAUGUCUGAUUAUCCUCAAAACUGAUUUAACUUUAUUCAAAAUCUAUGCCAAAUUAAGAUCGUCUUUUAGUCUAACUCUUAAAUUUUAGAUUGGCACAUUUCUCUUUCAAUACAACUUUCAAUUUUUAAAUGAUUAAAAUACAGUUUUAAUUUAUUGUUCCUCUAAACUACUUAAUUAUCAUUGUUAUUUAUCUGUUACUACUGUCAUUCAUUAUCUAAUUAUUUUAAAUCCUAAGCCAUUCAAAAUUACUUUUGGGAAAUAAUUAUGUUUGUGAAAAAUAAGGUUGAAUCUGGUAUCACAGUUACUGCAUUUUCACUCUUCUAGAGUCAACAUAAACCACUGGAAAUUCAAUUUAUGACUUGUAGGGAUUGUGAUAAAAUGUAAUAUUGUAUGAAAAGUUACAUCAAUGAAAUUAUUCAAGAUAUGAACUAGAAUAGGAAAUUAAUUGCAGCCUAGCUAUGUUAACAGCAAACUUGAUUAUCAGCAUUUCAUAAUGUCAGAUGUAAAAUUAACUCUAACUGCACAAUUUUAAAUAAAU